AUGUCCAGUCUUCCUCAAAAUAAUUUGAAGGAACAACUCGAGAGACAUAGCAAUGCUGCUCAGCGCAAACUGUCGUUGUCCAAACCCACACCAGGGUACGUAUCUUGAUUAAUUAGCUAGCUAGAGAUUGUAUAACGUUAGCUAGCUAGUUAACAGUUAGGGCGGCUUCAACGCUCUGUUGAACCGGCUUCAUUCACAAAACUAAAUAUAUGUUAUAGUGGGGAUGAACUUUCCUAUUUAUGCGCAAGCCUUCUUUAUGUGCUGCGUUCACGUGCUAGUCGCAACUAGGACUAACCUGUGCCCCCGCACAUUGACUCUGUACGGGUACCCCCUGUAUAUAGCCUCGUUACUGUUAUUUUAUUGUUGCUCUUUAAUAAUUUAUUUUUCUAUUUUAUUUUUAUUUCAGUUUAUUUAGUAAAUUUUUUCUUAACUGCAUUGUUGGUUAAGGGCUUGUAAGUAAGCAUUUCACUGUAAGGUCUACACCUGUUGUUGUAUUCGGCGCAUGUGUCAAAUAAAAUUUGAUUUGAUUUGAAACUCUGAAAUUUUCGAGAAACUACAGUAACUGGUUGUAGUUAAUUUUGUAAAUGUGCCGCGUCAACCAGUUAGCAAGUCGGACAUUUCCGAGUUUCCUAGUUCCGACCAGUAAGUGAACGUGGAAAUAGUUCCAAAAUAAGAUACAUAUUUUGUACUGUCACAUUAACUCUGGUCCAUGCGCAUGCGUCGGUUCUUUCGUUACAAACAGCCUAAAUAUUUCAAACUAAAAGCAUUGUAUUUGGGACAAAUCAUUUACCUAAACCUCAACUAAAUCUUGUAAUGAAUAAUGUGGAAAUUGAGCAAGUUGAGGAGACUAAACUGCGUGGUGUAACCCUGGAUUGUAAACUGUCAUGGUCAAAACAUUGAUGCUACGGUAGUUAAGACAGGGAGGUGUCUGUCCAUAAUAAGGCGCUGCUCUGCUUUCUUUAAAUAUCUCGCUAUCAACAAAACAGGUACUACAGGCCCUAGUUUUGUCGCACCUUGACUACUGUCCAGUCAUAUGGUCAAGUGCCACAAAGAGGGACAUGGACAAAUUACAUUUGGCCCAGAACAGAGCAGCACGGCUGGCCCUUAAAUGUACAAGGAGAGCCAACAUUAAUAAUAUGCAUGUAGAGGAGAGAUUGACUCCAUCACUGCUUGCCUUUGUGAGAGGUAUUGAUUGACAUUUUCAAAUCACAGGCUGUCUGUUUAAGCAACUAGCGCACAGCUCAGACACCCAUACAUACAUACCCCACAAGACAUGCCACCAGAGGUCUCUUCACAGUCCCCAAGUCCAGAACAGACUACGGGAAACGCACAGUACUACAUAGAGCCAUGACUACAUGGAACUCUAUUCUACAUCAGGUAACUCAGUCAAGGAGUAAAAUCAGAUUAAAAAACAAACAGAUAAAACUACACCUUAUGGAACAGCAGACUGUGAAGACACAGGCACACACACAUGCACUCUAUAAACACACAUACAUUUUAAAGGGACGGUUCACCCAUUUUGAAUGUUAUAUUGUUUGUGUGCAUCUCUGAGUGCUGUUCUAUCGAUUCCCUUGGUCAUUUCAUGUUUUCAUGUGUAUUUGAGUUAUUGGCGUUAAAGCAGGCAGAAAUCCGGCCAGUGUGACAUAGCACUGUGAUAGUCACUCUCACUACACUGGAAGUUAAUAGGAAUACUUGACUUUUAGAUCGCGAAAAUGUCUAUCAUACAUGUCAGAUUUCAAUACUGGCCGAUGUCAUAACUCGGAAGGAUGUCUUCUCUCGAAUGAGCCAUUGAUCAUAUUUUUUGCGAUAUUCCUACGUCGAGAAAUGUGUAAUUUAACCGAGGGUCUAGCACAUUUUCCCUAUUUGUCUGGCUCUUUAGUCCAGGGCGCAUUGCAUGGUGCCGUUACGAGAUAUUAUAGAAAGGAGAAUCCAAUGAAUGAAGGGACAUAUAAUGCCCCACCCAGCAGACUGUCAACCAAUCGCGUUCACAUUGUCAUGCUGCGUCACACGGUUGCUUAGCUAAUCGUCACGCAAUCCCUUCUCAAAGUUAGUGUAUAUGUCGAGAAACGUGCCUAUUUUCCUCGAAAGUACGUAAUGUCACGAUUCCAAAGCUAUACGAUAUUAUAGAUAGUAAUUAAUUAUCUCACAUCUCUGAAAAUAUUUGUAAUUUUGUACUUCUUGUUGAUGAAAUUCGUGCUACUGUUGUUUUUUUGAGCUGGUGCCCAAUAAACUCCCAUUCACUCCUUGAAGGAGAGUGCUCCUUGUCCCAUAAUUGCCCAGAAUGCACCGCGUGACCCAUAGACGUAGCAUGGGCAACGUUUCCCAUCUCCUCAAAAGUAUAUCUGCAGUUGCGAAUGUCAUACUCCACUCUGUGAGGCACAUUGAUCUGCAGGUUGAACAUGGUGAGAUUGUAGACUCCUAAAUUGAGAGUGCAGUUUGUUUAUGCGAUUUUACAGAUAACUAGCUACUUCACAUGCUGAUAUUGUCUUUGGUAUUAUUUUGUGUAGCUACUUUUGCUAGCUACGUAGCUAGCUAGCCAGCCAGGCCAUAGAGAGAGCAUUGCAUUGUGGAUUUUGUAGUCGACUUGAGCUGCAACAGAUUUCCACAACGAUUUUCCAUGUUGCUGCCAACCUUAUUAUAAUACCAAAAUUAAACAUUUGUUCACAAAAAAUAUUGGUCUCACAUAUUAGUGUUAUUUAACACUGUAAAUUAAAGGAAUGUGUGGUUUGGGGUGGAUUUUUCCUUUAAUAUUGUUAUUUUGUUGUAUUAUUGAUUUUUGUAUUGUAGAUAUGUUAUGGUAGAGUAUUGUGUAAUGUGUUGUGUUAUGUACUGUUUUAUUUUAUGUAAUGGUGAUUGGACCCCAGCAGCUAAUGGGGAUCCGUAAUAAAAUACACACACAAAAAUACAAAUACGUAUCCAACGCAUGCGCAUGGACCAGAGCUAGCUAAAAGUCAGCAGCCAGCAGAGUGCUAUGCACAAUAUACUGACUAAAGUAGGUAGCUUUCCAGAUAAGGAUUUUCUGGAUAAGAGUGUCUGCUAAAUUACUAAAAUGUAAUUAGCUAUAAUGACUUCCCUUUUCUUUGCAGGACAUUUUGUUUCAAAAAGAAGUCCACAUCAGGCAUCACCAAGGUGGAAGUUCCCACUAAGGUAAACAGCUCAAAUGGUUUAACAAACAGGAGUGCCAAUGUUCCUCAUGAUAAUGCAGUAACUAAACCUCCUUUGAUGUUUUCAACCAAGCCUGAAAGACCUCUCGCCAAAAUCAACUUCUCCUCAGUCAAUCCCAAAAGCAAGUACGAAGCCAUCAAUCCUGUAUUAAACCCCUUUUCGGUGAGGAAAACCAACCCAGCUGUGUCCGCUACAAAGAUCUCCCCUGCUUUGACCAAAUCUGAUAGCUUGAUCACAGGUAGCAAUGGCAGCAAACCCACAGGACUUGAUAGCUCUUUUGGUAUUCCCCUGGACGGAUGGGAUGAUUUUGAUGACUUUGAAACCCCUGUCAAGGGCAAAAGUACUUUACCAAGCCCAGGGAUCUCAGGUAGGAGUGCCAAGGUGACAUCUGUUUCUAGUGUUGAACAAUUGGAUACUAACACACAUGGAUCAGACAAAGAUGUCCCUCUACGAGCACUGAAUACAAAGAUCAACAGCCGUCAUAGAAAUAAGUGUAGUCUUGCUGGAACAGAACAAUGUACUCUCACAAUAGAGGACUCACAAGAUGCUUUGGAGUCUGCCAAUACUGCUCCAAGAGACAGUCCCAUCCAGGAUCCAGCACACUGGAAGGACUGGGAGGUGGAGGAUUCUCCCAUUAAAAUGGUUAGAAGACGACCUCCUGCUGCUCAGGCCAAGUCUGUGCUGAGUGACAGUGAAGAUGAGAGCAUCACUGCACCCGGUCCAGUUGAAAAGACAGGUGAGUAGUUGGUAUCUGUUUCAUGAAUCUAUUGUUGAUAUAGUCCCAAAAUGUUUUGCAUAUCAGCAAUCAUGUUUUCAAGAUAUAUAACUUUCAACAUACAGAAAUACAGCUGGUAUGAUGCAUUUAGUGUCAUAUGAUCCAAAACAUCAUAUGAUGCUGCGUAUUGCAUCAUAUCGGCUGUAUUUAAGUUAUGUAUCUUGAAAACGUGAUUGCUGACAUGCAAAACAUUUUGGGACUAUAUCAACAAUGGACUAAUGAAACAGAUGCCAAAAGAUAGUUUUGGGGUGGAGUUUUCCUUUAAGGAUGAACAUCUUGGCAGGGUGUUGAUAAAGAAUUACAUCAGCAUUGAAAAGACAUCAACUCAUCUCCCAAAACUUUCUAGGUGACACAGAUGUCAUAGACCUUGAUGACAAGUCCGAGCUAGAUGAAGACCUAGAUUUCAUCCCCCCUUCCCCAAGUCCAGAGGAUUUCAGUCAUUCUACUUCUACGAAGGAAACAAGGUAAGUUUCUGCUGUACAUGUGUACAUUAAUCUGUUGCAUUUUAGUCUAUGAUUGUGUUUUAUGUUUCUUUCUAAUGGAUGUAUGACUUGAGGACUGAUGUUGUGAAUGUAAUUGUCUUGAUAUGAUGUUAUACAGCAAGCUAUAUAGUGCCUUCAGAAAGUAUUCAUACCCCUUGACUUAUUCCACAUUUUGUUGUUACAGCCUGAAUUCAAAAUGGAUCAAAUAGAUUUUAUUCUCACCCAUCUACACACAAUACCCCAUAAUGACAACGCGAAAACAUGUUUUUAGACUUUUUUGUAAAUGUAUUGAACAUGAAAUACAGAUCUCAUUUACAUAAGUAUUCACACCCCUGAGUCAAUACUUUGAAGAAGCACCUUUGGCGCCGAUUACAGCUUUGAGUCGUCUUGGGUAUGUCUAUCAGCUUUGCACAUUUGGAUUUUGAGAUUUUCUCCCAUUCUUCCUUGCAUAUUUUCUCAAGCGCUGUUAAAUUAGAUGGGGAGUGGCGGUGAACAGCAAUCUUCAUGUCUUUCCACAGAUUUUCAGUGGGAUUCAAGUCUUGGCUUUGGCUGUGCCACUCAAGGACUUUCAUAUUCUUGUUCUGAAGCCAUUCCAGCAUUGCUUUGGCUGUAUGCUUGGGGUCAUUGUCCUGUUUGAACGUAAAUCUUCGCCCCAGUCUAAGGUCGUUUGCACCCUGAAGCAGGUUCUCAUCAAGGAUUUGCCUGUAUUUGGCUCCAUUCAUUGCUCUAUCCUUACCAGUCUCCCAGACCCUGCCGCUGAAAAGCAUCCCCAUAGCAUGAUUCUGCCACCACCAUGCUUCACGGUAGGGAUGGUGUUAGACGGGUGAUGAGCUGUGCCUGAUUUUCUCCAGACAUUGCGUUUUGCAUUCAGGUCAAAGAGUUACAUUUUUGUCUCAUCAGACCACAGAAUAUUUUGCCUUAUGCUCUGUCUUUCAUGUGCCUUUUUGCAAACUCCAGGUGUGCAGUCAUGUGCUUUUUUCUCAGGAGUGGCUUCUGUCUGGCCACUCUACCAGAUUGGGUAAGUGCUGUAGAGACUGUUGUCCUUCUGGCAGGUUCUCCCAUCUCAGCAAAGGAACUCUGUAAUUCUGUCAGUGUGGUCAUUGGGUUCAUGGUCACCUCCCUGACCAAGGUCCUUCUUGCUCAUUUUGGUUGGACAGCCAGCUCUAGGCAGAGUCUGGGUACUUCCAUGUUUUUUAAAUUUCCCAAUGAUGGAGACCACUGUGCUCUUGGAAACUUUCACCACUUUAGAAAUUGUUUUAUACCCUUCCCCAGAUCUAUACCUCAUCACAAUUAUAUCUCGGAGUGCUACGGACAGUUCCUUGGACUUCAUGGUAUAGUUUCUGCUCUGAGAUACACUGUCAACUGUGGGACCCUAUAUAGACAGGUUUGUUUGUUUCUAAAUAAUGUCCAAACAAUUGAAUUGGCCACAGGUGGAUUCCAAUCAAGUUGUAGUGUCGUAAUUGGAUGCAACUGAGCUCAAUUUAGAGUCAUAGUAAAGGGGUGUGAAUACUUACAGUACCAGUCAAAAGUUUGGACACACUUACUCAUUCAAGGGUUUUCCUUUAUUUUUACUAUUUUCUACAUUGUAGAAUAAUAGUGAAGAUAUCAAAACUAUGAAAUAACACAUGGAAUCAAAAAAGUGUUAACCAAAAAAGUGUUAAACAAAUCAAAAUAUAUUUUAUAUUAGAGAUUCUUCAAAGUAGCCACCCUUUGCCUUGAUGAGAGCUUUGCACACUCUUGGCAUUCUCUCAACCAGCUUCAUGAGGUAGUCACCUGGAAUGCAUUUCAAUUAACAGGUGUGCGUUGUUAAAAGUUAAUUUGUGGAAUUUCUUUCCUUAACUUCUACGGGAUCGGUGUCCCGUAUACGGGAAGGUUGAGCUAACGUGCGCUAAUGUGAUUAGCAUGACUGUUGUAAGUAACAGCAAACUUUCCAGGACAUAGACAUGUAUUCUAUGGGCAGAAAGCUUAAAUUCUUGUUAAUCUAACUGCACUGUCUAAUUUACAGUAGCUAUUACAGUGAAAAAAUACCAUGCUAUUGUUUGAGGAGAGUGCACAACAACAAAAAAUGUAUCACGGCAACUGGUUUGAUACAUUCACCUCUGAAGGUAAAUAAUGUACUUACGUUAAGUAGUCUUGCUCUGAUUUGUCAUCCUAAGGGUCCCAGAGAUAAAAAUGUAGCAUAGUUUUCUUUGAUAAAAUCAAUUUUUAUAUUCAAAUGUAGGAACUGGGUUCUACAGUUUGAACCCCUGCUGUCUCUGGCUCCACACCCACCCCGCCCGGCCAUCUAGAUGUGUGGAAGGUAGUGUAUAAGCUAAUGAUCUAUCAUGUAUGACAUUCCUGGGAGUGUGUAAACUUACAUUUUGUAUUACCAUAUAAUUUUUGCAUGUUCUUGAUAGUAAUGUACUUGAAAAUGUAUCAAUUGACCAAUUCGGCACAUUUGGGCAGACUUGAAACAAAAUAGUCCAGUAUUGCAAUGCUUCACUGGAUCAAUCUGAAACUUUGCGCACACAAUGCUGCCAUCUAGUGGCCAAAACCUAAAUUGCGCCUAAACUGCAAUAUUAUAUUGUGGCCUUUCUCUUGCAUUUCAAAGAUGAACAAAAAAAAUAGAAAACACAUGUUUUUUGGUUUGUAUUAUCUUUUACCAGAUCUAGUGUGUUAUAUUCUCCUACAUUAAUUUCACAUUUCCACAAACUUCAAAGUGUUUCCUUUCAAAUAGUAUCAAUAAUAUGCAUAUCCUUGCUUCAGGUCCUGAGCUACAGGCAGUUAGACUUGGGUAUGUCAUUUUAGGCAAAAAUUUAAAAAAGGGGUCCAAUCCUUAAGAGGUUAAUGCAUUUGAGACAAUCAGUUGUGUUGUGACAAGGUAGGGGUGGUAUACAGAAGAUAGCCCUAUUUUGGUAAAAUACCAAGUCCAUAUUAUGUCAAGAACAGCUCAAAUAAGCAAAGCGAAACGACAGUCCAUCAUUACUUUAAGACAUGAAGGUCAGUCAAUCCGGAAAAUGUCAAGAACUUUGAAGAACACAAAAGAACUGUCAAUCUCCCUCGGCCUGGGGCGCCAUGCAAGAUCUCACCUCGUGGAGUUGCAAUGAUCAUGCACCUGAUGUAGAAAUGUAGAAAAUAGUAAAAUAAAGAAAAAUCCUUGAAUAAGUAGGUGUGUCCAAACUUUUGACUGGUACUGUAUGUAAAUUAGAUAUUUCUGUAUUUCAUUUUUGUAUAAAUUAGCAAACAUUUCUAAAAACAUGUUUUUACUUUGUCAUUAUGGGGUAUUGUGUGUAGAUGAUGGGUGAGAAAAUAAAAUCCAUUUAAUCCAUUUUGAAUUCAGGCUGUAACACAACAAAAUGUGGAAUAAGUCAAGUGGUAUGAAUACUUGGCACUGUAUCUACUUGGCAAGUGUUGUUUAUGAUCACAACAGAUUGAAGUCAGCUGGCUCUGCAGUCAGCAAAGACAUCAGCCCUGUAUCAACAAGGGGGUCAGUGUCAAGCCUGCAAAGAGUGUCUGAUGGUCCUCCUAAAGAAAGAAGAGGUGAAUAACAUGGGUUAUGUUUAAGCCAGAUGUUGGUCUAUUUUCAUCAUUUCAAUGAACAUUGCAUAUAAUUCUCUUGUAUUGACUCAUCAUUUUUUUUGUCCCUUUAGUCACCAAUCCAAAGUCAGAAGAUCAGCUCGUUAGUAUCAUGGAGUCCAUCUGUGCUCUGGUGGAUUCCAUCCCUGAGCAUGAACUGAUAGGCCUGUCCUGUGGGACAGAGCUCUUACUGCAGCGGGCUCAUAGGUAAUUCCUUGAAUCUGAACUAUUUUAAAUGGGACAACAGCUGUAGAUUAAGUUUCAGCUGUAGUUUUAAUGUGACAUCUAUUAAUCUGCUAGUCAUAUCACCCUUUUUACCCUCAGGAAAAUAAUAAUUGCUACUGGCAGCAGUGACACAUCUUUCAGGACACAACAGCCAGACAGCACUGUCUUGGAAUCCAGAUUCAGUGAAAAUACUACUUUUUCCUUUGCUACUCCAAGUGUCAUGUCUUCCACCACUUGCCUGCCCAAGGAUAAAGGAGAUUCUUCCAUGAAAGCCCUUCCCUUCAGGAGGACCUCAGUCAUAUCUGUGGACUACGACAGUAGUGUUUUUGAGGACUCUGACUGCAUGAUCAAUGUUCAGACUCCAGGCAUCUCUUGGAGACCCAGCACUCUGGCAAAUCCUAUUUUCACUGGAGAGGAGAGGAAAGCAUCCACAACAGGCCAUAGUAAUUGUGACUCUCCAUCGAAUUACAGCAUCUUCAAAAACCAAACUGGUGAUGUGGCUCAGUCAAAUCUCUUCUUUUCACCGAAGAGGCCGGCAGCUGCUGUACAAGGGACUGGGGAGAGCAGUACCCAAGCCUCUGUGGUACAAGCCCUGGCAGUCACGGAUCCAGACGAUUUCUUCAUUGAUGACUUUGACAUAGAUGACUUCAAUGAUUCAGAUAUCCCUGAUUACUUUGAACCCCCAAGCUCCUCAGCAUCAAGGCAGGACUCCAGUGCUGUCUCUAAAGCGGUGCGUGAGGGAGGACCAAGUACAUCAACUUGGCAGAAGAAACCAGCUACACCAGCUCCUGUGGCCAAGCCUCCUAAAAUCACCUCUCCUGGCAAGUACAUUUAUUAUAGGGCAGCCUUGAGAUUGGAUUAUUCCUUCUACUAAACAAAUGUUUUGUAGUUUUUCUUACAUUGAUUACUUGGUCUGUAGCUCAGACAGACUCAUGUUUAUCUCAUAUCAUUUGCAGAGCCCACAUACAGAAACCCUGCCCACGAUCGCUUCAGAGGCUUCAACUUCCCCCACUGUCCAGAGAUGAUGAAGAUUUUCCACAAGCGCUUUGGUCUCCAUCAGUUCCGAUUCAAUCAAUUGGAAGCCAUUAAUGCUACGUUGCUAGGUGAAGACACAUUUGUCCUGAUGCCAACGGGUGAGUGGGGUAUCAAUGCCGAUUGUAACAUUGUAGUAUACAACAAGUGCGUUUUAAUGCAUUGAUUCAAAUAACUCAACUGACUUUGCAGAUUUGUAAUAUUUAGUAGGUAUGAACAGAACAUGUUGAUUAGAUAAUGUAAUGUGCUGGAUGUGUUUGUUAUUUCCUGUUUUUCAGGAGGGGGUAAAAGUCUUUGCUACCAGCUGCCGGCCUGUGUGUGUGCAGGAGUCACUGUGGUCAUCUCACCACUAAAAUCACUCAUUUUAGACCAGGUCCAGAAACUCACUACUCUGGAUGUACGUUUUCUACAUACUGCUCACAGUGCGAAGUAUAAAAUGUAUACAUUCUUGCCACCCUAUGCUUGGAAUGUGUUUUUAAAUGUCCUUGCAUGUUUUUAGAUUCCCGCCACAAGUUUGUCUGGUGAGAAGACUGACAGUGAAGCAGCCAGGAUUUACUUGCAGCUGUCCAAGAAGGACCCCAUAAUUAAACUGCUCUAUGCCACUCCUGAAAAGGUGAGAACUAAAUAAUUUAACCAGUAAUACGGAUACAGUGGGGGAAAAAAGUAUUUAGUCAGCCACCAAUUGUGCAAGUUCUCCCACUUAAAAAGAUGAGAGAGGCCUGUAAUUUUCAUCAUAGGUACACGUCAACUAUGACAGACAAAAUGAGGGGAAAAAAUCCAGAAAAUCACAUUGUAGGAUUUUUAAUGAAUUUAUUUUCAAAUUAUGGUGGAAAAUAAGUAUUUGGUAAAUAAUAAGUUUCUCAAUACUUUGUUAUAUACCCUUUGUUGGCAAUGACACAGGUAAAACGUUUUCUGCAAGUCUUCACAAGGUUUUCACACACUGUUGCUGGUAUUUUGGCCCAUUCCUCCAUGCAGAUCUCCUCUAGAGCAGUGAUGUUUUGGGGCUGUCGCUGGGCAACACAGACUUUCAACUCCCUCCAAAGAUUUUCUAUGGGGUUGAGAUCUGGAGACUGGCUAGGCCACUCCAGGACCUUGAAAUGCUUCUUACGAAGCCACUCCUUCGUUGCCCGGCGGUGUGUUUGGGAUCAUUGUCAUGCUGAAAGACCCAGCCACGUUUCAUCUUCAAUGCCCUUGCUGAUGGAAGGAGGUUUUCACUGAAAAUCUCACGAUACAUGGCCCCAUUCAUUCUUUCCUUUACACGGAUCAGUCGUCCUGGUUCCUUUGCAGAAAAACAGCCCCAAAGCAUGAUGUUUCCACCCCCAUGCUUCACAGUAGGUAUGGUGUUCUUUGGAUGCAACUCAGCAUUCUUUGUCCUCCAAACACGACGAGUUGAGUUUUUACCAAAAAGUUCUGUUUUGGUUUCAUCUGACAAUAUGACAUUCUCCCAAUCCUCUUCUGGAUCAUCCAAAUGCACUCUAGCAAACUUCAGACGGGCCUGGACAUGUACUGGCUUAAGCAGGGGGACACGUCUGGCACUGCAGGAUUUGAGUCCCUGGCGGCGUAGUGUGUUACUGAUGGUAGGCUUUGUUACUUUGGUCCCAGCUCUCUGCAGGUCAUUCACUAGGUCCCCCCGUGUGGUUCUGGGAUUUUUGCUCACCGUUCUUGUGAUCAUUUUGACCCCACGGGGUGAGAUCUUGCAUGGAGCCCCAGAUCGAGGGAGAUUAUCAGUGGUCUUGUAUGUCUUCCAUUUCCUAAUAAUUGCUCCCACAGUUGAUUUCUUCAAACCAAGCUGCUUACCUAUUGCAGAUUCAGUCUUCCCAGCCUGGUGCAGGUCUACAAUUUUGUUUCUGGUGUCCUUUGACAGCUCUUUGGUCUUGGCCAUAGUGGAGUUUGGAGUGUGACUGUUUGAGGUUGUGGACAGGUGUCUUUUAUACUGAUAACAAGUUCAAACAGGUGCCAUUAAUACAGGUAACGAGUGGAGGACAGAGGAGCCUCUUAAAGAAGAAGUUACAGGUCUGUGAGAGCCAGAAAUCAUGCUUGUUUGUAGGUGACCAAAUACUUAUUUUCCACCAUAAUUUGCAAAUAAAUUCAUUAAAAAUCCCACAAUGUGAUUUUCUGGAUUCUUUUUCUCUCAAUUUGUCUGUCAUAGUUGACGUGUACCUAUGAUGCAAAUUACAGGCCUCUCUCAUCUUUUUAAGUGGGAGAACUUGCACAAUUGGUGGCUGACUAAAUACUUUUUUUCCCCACUGUAUCAACCUCUUCUAAUGGGAAAUGCUCUAUUCAGACCUGUGUUUUUCAAUCUGUUUUCAUCCAGGUGUGUGCGAGUGGCAGGAUGAUCAGUGCCCUUCAGAACCUGUAUGAGAGAGGUCUUCUAGCACGCUUUGUCAUUGAUGAGGCUCACUGUGUCAGUCAGGUAGGUUCCUAUACGUGAUGCCUUAUCUGGUCUAAUGUUAGGUGUUAGAGGGAGACGAUGAACCUCCUGCCCUGUUGUUUCUCUCAGUGGGGCCAUGACUUCCGGCCAGACUACAAGCGGAUGUACGAGCUGCGGCAGAAGUUCCCCAAAGUGCCAAUCAUGGCCCUGACCGCCACUGCCACCCCCCGCGUCCAGAAGGACAUCCUCAACCAGCUUCAGAUGACCCAGCCUCAGGUGUACGUGCUCUAAAACGGGCCUUACCUGGGACAAAACACCAGUACAGUUGUAGUGUUGUCGUAUGCAAACAUACAGCAGCUGUUUGAAUGAAUGUUCCUCAUGGUGUCCUUUCACUUUCAGGUUUACCAUGAGCUUCAACAGAAACAACCUCAAAUAUGCUGUGUUACCCAAGAAACCCAAGAAGGUAGAUGAGGACUGCAUUGACUGGAUCAAGAAGAAUUAUCCACGUUAGUAGUGUUCUCCCUCAGUUGAUCAGGUUUUCAAUGAUAGUGGAAUUAAGUGUUUUGAGGACUGAGAUCAUGACUGGUUUUAACUCCUUGUGUGUAGGUGAUUCUGGCAUUGUGUACUGCCUGUCCCGUAAUGACUGUGACAACAUGGCUGACAGUCUUCAGAGAGCUGGUAUACUAGCGCUAGCCUACCACGCAGGCCUCAAUGACAAAGACAGAGAAUAUGUGCAGUCCAAAUGGAUCAAUCAGGAUGGCUGCCAGGUGAGGUGAUCUUAACAGAUGUUUACACGUAAACAUUACUAACCACCUUCAUACUACUUGAGCUUUCAUUAACCCAGGGUUAAUGUUGUAUCCCUGUCCUCCAGGUCAUGUGUGCCACCAUAGCCUUCGGCAUGGGCAUCGACAAGCCUGAUGUGCGCUACGUGAUCCACGCCAGUCUCCCCAAGUCAGUAGAGGGCUACUACCAGGAGUCAGGCAGAGCAGGCAGGGACGGAGAGAUCUCUCACUGCAUCCUCUUCUACUCCUACUCUGACGUCAUCCGCAUCAAGAGGAUCCUCACCAGUACGGAUCUGAAUUUUGACUAUGUAGACUUACAAAUAAUACUCUGCAAGUUUGUAUGUGUUAAAUAUCAUCUAUUGAAACAUUUCCAUGGAGGUAUGGAAAGCUCCAUGGACAAUGUCUAAAAUCCUGUAUGUCAAAGUGUGAAAGUGAUAUUGAGAAAAUGUCCACUCUGUUUUGAUCACAGUGGACAAAGAUGGAAACCACCACACCAAGGCCACUCACAUGAACAAUCUGCACAGUAUGGUGCAUUUCUGUGAGAAUGUGAUGGACUGCCGAAGGAUACAGCUGCUGGCUUACUUUGGAGAGCACAAGUUCAACCCAGGCUUCUGCAAGGAACACCCUGAUGUCAUCUGUGACAACUGUGCCAGACCCAAUGUAAGAUUUAACCCUUGUAAUAAAUCCAUUAUUACCAUAAACCUUUCCCAUACUCAGCACUUGUUCUGUUGCACUACAGUAUUUUUACAGCUAUGUGGUUAUGUUUCAUAUUUUAAUUAGAAAAGUUUUCCAUUUAAUCAAGCUGCUUAUGUUAUUUUUUGCUUUCAGCAAUACAAGGCAAGAAAUGUGACUGAAGAUGUGAAGAAGAUUGUGAGAUUUGUCCAGGAGAAUUGUGAAAAAGUUGGCUCCAGAUAUGGCAAAUCUGCGAACCAAAACCGAUUGACUCUGAACAUGCUGGUGGACAUUUUCUUGGGUAUGCAGUAAAUUAGAGCACCACUCAAUUGAAUAAUACAAAAUUACUGUAUGUUUAGUGUUACUGAGAGAAACUCAACGAUGCUUUCUGACAGGCGCUAAAACUGCCCGUGUCCAGUCAGGGAUGUUUGCGAUAGGAAAGGCUUACUCCAAACACAACGCUGACCGUCUGUUCAAGAAGCUGGUGCUGGAUCACCUCCUGGUGGAGGACCUGUACAUCACAGCCAACAGCCAGGCAGUGGCCUACAUCUCUGCUGGACCCAAAGCCAUGAACGUCCUAGGGGGACACAUGCAGGUGAGCUUACACACAUCAUACUGGUCAAUAAACGUAGUUCUCAUUCGAUACGUCAUCAACUGUUGUGAACUGUGCUGUGCCAUUCGUUAUUAGCUUCACAUAUUUAGUUAUCCCUGCAGUAGAAAUGGGAACAUAGUUAUUUUUCCUUGUCCCAGGUGGAGUUCUAUGAGACCGAGAGUGCCUCCAGCAUCAGGAAGCACAAAACUGCUGUGGCCAAGGAUGUCUCCAAGAGAGAUGAGAUGGUCCAGAAGUGUCUGCAGGAGCUCACUGAUCUGUGCAAGAGGCUGGGCAAGGUCUUUGGCAUUCACUAUUACAACAUCUUCUCCACUGCCACCCUGAAGAAGAUAGCUGGUGAGUGCUGAGAGCAUACACCACUAUUUAUACUUAUUGUAUUUCAUUCCUGUUCAUAUUCCUUUUCUAGACCAAGCAAGGGUUUACCUAACAUUUAUUGGUAGACUUCCAGUAACCAGGCCUUGUUGUAAAACUGUUUCCUUCUCCCAGAGACUCUGUCGGCCGACCCAGAAGUGCUGUUGACGAUUGACGGUGUGACGGAGGACAAACUGGAGAAGUACGGAGCAGAUGUCAUCGAGCUGCUGCAGAAAUACUCUGAGUGGAAGCUACCUGGUGAGUGACCACACUGGGGAAAGCAUAUCCUACACAACUGGAUAAAACAGUCAUAUCUGUGCCCUGCUGUGUUGGACCUGUAGUGUGGUUGGUUUGUGUUAACACGUGUCUGUGCCCUGCUGUGUUGGACCUGUAGUGUGGUUGGUUUGUGUUAACACGUGUCUGUGCCCUGCUGUGUUGGACCUGUAGUGUGGUUGGUUUGUGUUAACACGUAUCUGUGCCCUGCUGUGUUGGACCUGUAGUGUGGUUGGUUUGUGUUAACACAUAUCUGUGCCCUGCUGUGUUGGACCUGUAGUGUGGUUGGUUUGUGUUAACACGUAUCUGUGCCCUGCUGUGUUGGACCUGUAGUGUGGUUGGUUUGUGUUAACACGUGUCUGUGCCCUGCUGUGUUGGACCUGUAGUGUGGUUGGUUUGUGUUAACACGUGUGUCUGUCUGACUGAACCCCUCUGCAGUGGAGGAGCAGUCUGACACCACUGAAGGAGGCUCCACUAUGGCAUGGAUAGACACAACGCCAGGCCGUGGAGACAACGAGGAGGACUAUUAUGAGGACGAUGCUGGAUCAUCCAGUUAUUUCAACAAUAACGGCAGAGGACAGAAGAGGAAGAAGGCCCCUGCCUUCAAGAAAUCCAAAAAGAGAAAGGGAUAUACAAACUCCAACUCUAAAGGGUUAGUCUCAAAUGUCAAGUCAAAUGUUAAAUCUUAUAUGCGGCCAUAUACAGUGUGUAGUGAAAGUCUACACACCUGCUAUGAGCACAGUCUUCACAUUUUGCUGCCUUAAAAUUAAAUCAAAAAAGGGACUACAUUUUAUUUAUAUAUAUAUAUAUAUAUAUAUAUACAUACAUACAUACAUACAGUUGAAGUCGGAAGUUUACAUACACCUUAGUCAAAUACAUUUAAACUCAGUGUUCACAAUUCCUGACAUUUAAUCAUAGUAAAAAUUCCCUGUCUUAGGUCAGUUAAGAUCACCACUUUAUUUUAAGAAUGUGAAAUGUCAGAAUAACAGUAGAGAGAAUGAUUUAUUUAAGCUUUUAUUUCUUUCAUCACAUUCCCAGUGGGUCAGAUGUUUACAUACACUGAAUUAGUAUUUGGUAGCAUUGCCUUUAAAUUGUUUAACAUGGGUCAAACGUUUCGGGUAGCCUUCCACAAGCUUCCCACAAUAAGUUGGGUGAAUUUUGGCCCAUUCCUCCUGACAGAGCUGGUGUAACUGGGUCAGGUUUGUGGGCCUCCUUGCUCGCACAUGCUUUUUCAGUUCUGCCCACACGUUUUCUACGACUUUGUCGUCCUUAAGCCAUUUUGCCACAACUUUGGAAGUAUGCUUGGGGUCAUUGUCCAUUUGGAAGACCCAUUUGCGACCAAGCUUUAACUUCCUGACUGAUGUCUUGAGAUGUUGCUUCAAUAUAUCCACAUAAUUUCCCUUCCUCAUGAUGCCAUCUAUUUUGUGAGGUGCACCAGUCCCUCCUGCAGCAAAGCACCCCCACAGCAUGAUGCUGCCACCCCCGUGCUUCACAGUUGGGAUGGUGUUCUUCGGCUUGCAAGCCACCCCCUUUUUCCUCCAAACAGAACGAUGGUCAUUGUGGCCAAACAGUUCUAUUUUUGUUUCAUCAGACCAGAGGACAUUUCUCCAAAAAGUACGAUAUUUGUCCCCAUGUGUAGUUGCAAACCGUAGUCUGGCUUUUUUAUGGCGGUUUUGGAGCAGUGGCUUCUUUCUUGCUGAGCGGCCUUUCAGGUUAUGUCGAUAUAGGACUCGUUUUACUGUGGAUAUAAAUACUUUUGUACCUGUUUCCUCCAGCAUCUUCACAAGGUCCUUUGCUGUUGUUCUGGGAUUGAUUUUCACUUUUCGCACCAAAGUACGUUAAUCUCUAGGAGACAGAACGCAUCUCCAUCCUGAGCGGUAUGACGGCUGCGUGGUCCCAUGGUAUUUAUACUUGCGUACUAUUGUUUGUACAGGUGAACGUGGUACCUUCAGGCGUUUGGAAAUUGCUCCCAAGGAUGAACCAGACUUGUGGAGGUGUACAAUAAUUUUUCUGAGGUCUUGGCUGAUUUCUUUUCAUUUUCCCAUGAUGUCAAGCAGAGGCACUGAGUUUGAAGGUAGGCCUUGAAAUACAUCCACGGGUACACCUCCAAUUGACUAAAAUUAUGUCAAUUAGCCUAUCAGAAGCUUCUAAAGCCAUGACAUCAUUUUCUGGAAGUUUAAAGGCACAGUCAACUUAGUGUAUGUGAACCUCUGACCCACUGGAAUUGUGAUUAAGUGAAAUAAUCUGUCUAAACAGUUGUUGGAAAAAUUACUUGUCAUGCACAAAGUAGAUGUCCUAACCGACUUGCCAAAACGAUAGUUUGUUAACAAGAAAUGUGUGGAGUGGUUGAAAAACAAGUUUUAAUUGAUCCAACCUAAGUGUAUGUAAACUUCCGACUUCAACUGUGUGUAUGUAUAUAUAUAUAUAUAUAUAUAUAUAUAUAUAUAUAUAUAUAUAUAUAUACAGUAUCUCACAAAAGUGAGUACACCCCUCACAUUUUUUUAACUAUUUGAGUAUAUCUUUUCAUGUGACAACACUGAAGAAAUUACACUUUGCUACAAUGUAAAGUAGUGAGUGUACAGCUUGUAUAACAGUGUAAAUUUGCUGUCCCCUCAAAAUAACUCAACACACAGCCAUUAAUGUCUAAACCGCUGGCAACAGAAGUGAGUACACCCCUAAGUGAAAAUGUCCAAAUUGGACCCAAAGUGUCAAUAUUUUGUGUGGCCACCAUCAUUUUCCAGCACUGCCUUAACCCUCUUGGGCAUGGAGUUCACCAGAGCUUCACAGGUUGCCACUGGAGUCCUCUUCCACUCCUCCAUGACGACAUCACGGAGCUGGUGGAUGUUAGAGACCUUGCACUCCUCCACCUUCCGUUUGAGGAUGCCCCACAGAUGCUCAAUAGGGUUUAGGAAUGGAGACAUGCUUGGCCAGUCCAUCACCUUUACCCUCAGCUUCUUUAGCAAGGCAGUGGUCGUCUUGGAGGUGUGUUUGGGGUCGUUAUCAUGUUGGAAUACUGCCCUGCGGCCCAAUCUCCGAAGGGAGGGGAUCAUGCUCUGCUUCAGUAUGUCACAGUACAUGUUGGCAUUCAUGGUUCCCUCAAUGAACUGUAGCUCCCCAGUGCCGGCAGCACUCAUGCAGCCCCAGACCAUGACACUCCCACUACCAUACUUGACUGUAGGCAAGACACACUUGUCUUUGUACUCCUCACCUGGUUGCCACCACACACGGUUGACACCAUCUGAACCAAAUAAGUUUAUCUUGAUCUCAUCAGACCACAGGACAUGGUUCCAGUAAUCCAUGUCCUUAGUCUGCUUGUCUUCAGCAAACUGUUUGCAGGCUUUCUUGUGCAUCAUCUUUAGAAGAGGCUUCCUUCUGGGACGACAGCCAUGCAGACCAAUUUGAUGCAGUGUGCGGCGUAUGGUCUGAGCACUGACAGGCUGACCCCCCACCCCUUCAACCUCUGCAGCAAUGCUGGCAGCACUCAUACGUCUAUUUCCCAAAAACAACCUCUGGAUAUGACGCUGAGCACGUGCACUCCACUUCUUUGGUCAACCAUGGCGAGGCCUGUUCUGAGUGGAACCUGUCCUGUUAAACCGCUGUAUGGUCUUGGCCACCGUGCUGCAGCUCAGUUUCAGGGUCUUGGCAAUCUUCUUAUAGCCCAGGCCAUCUUUAUGUAGAGCAACAAUUCCUUUUUUCAGAUCCUCAUUGAGUUCUUUGCCAUGAGGUGCCAUGUUGAACUUCCAGUGACCAGUAUGAGGGAGUGUGAGAGCGAUGACACCAAAUUUAACACACCUGCUCCCCAUUCACACCUGAGACCUUGUAACACUAAUGAGUCACAUGACACCGGGGAGGGAAAAUGGCUAAUUGGGCCCAAUCUUGACAUUUUCACUUAGGGGUGUACUCACUUUUGUUGCCAGCGGUUUAGACAUUAAUGGCUGUGUGUUGAGUUAUUUUGAGGGGACAGCAAAUUUACACUGUUAUAGAAGCUGUACACUCACUACUUUACAUUGUAGCAAAGUGUCAUUUCUUCAGUGUUUUCACAUGAAAAGAUAUACUCAUAUUUACAAAAAUGUGAGGGGUGUACUCACUUUUGUGAGAUACUGUAUAUAUAUUUUACAAACGAAUACUAGCAACUGUAUAUUUGAGUUAUGUCAUGCCAGACUUUGAUUCAGAAUACUAGCUGGCAUCUACAUUUACCCAUUUCAAUUCAUUCUCUGCACUCCUGUCUCGAGGUGUAGGGGGUACAGCAGCAACGGGUCAUGGACAGGGUCCAACUCCAGAGGUGGAUCUAAAGGCCGGGGGUCAGCAGCAGGACGGGGCUCAAGGCCUUCAGCAGCAGGCCCAGUGGGGAGGAGGCCCGGCUUCAUGGCCCUCCCCACACCACAAACCAACAGCCGGCCAUUCCUCAAACCAGCCUUCUCUGUACUGUAGGAGUAACUCCUGGCCAUACCUGGAGUCUAACAGAGGGACUUUGUGGAGUAGCAAUGAAACUCCUAGUCAGUAG